AUGGGUAUCGACCUGGACCGUCACCAUGUGCGCAGCACCCACCGCAAGGCGCCCAAGAGCGAGAACGUGUACUUGCAGGUGCUGGUGAAGCUCUACCGCUUCUUGGCUCGCCGCACGGAGUCAAACUUCAACAAGGCCGUUCUCCGCCGCCUGUUCAUGUCGCGCAUCAACCGCCCCCCCGUCUCCCUCUCGCGCGUUGUUUCCAACAUCAGCGAGGCUCAGAAGGGCAAGACCGUUGUUGUGAUCGGUACCAUCACCGAUGACAACCGCCUCCUGACCAUCCCCAAGCUGUCCGUCGCUGCCCUGCGCUUCACCGCCACUGCUCGUGCCCGCAUCGAGAAGGCUGGUGGUGAGACCCUCACCCUGGAUCAGCUUGCUCUGCGUGCCCCUACCGGUGCCAACACCCUGCUCCUCCGUGGCCCCAAGAACGCCCGCGAGGCUGUCAAGCACUUCGGCUUCGGUCCCCACUCUCACAAGAAGCCCUACGUUGCUUCCAAGGGGCGGAAGUUCGAGCGUGCCCGUGGUCGCAGACGCUCCAAGGGUUUCAAGGUCUAA